CUACAAAAGGCCAUAAGAUUAAUUUUGUCUACAGUGAUAGCAGAGGAUCAUCUCACGAUUAAGAAUGGCUACUCCAAAAUGGGGCAAGAAUAUCUGUGACGAUUGCAACUCGCACUAUGGAAUAUGGGGCCACCAGCCAACUGACAGUCUAACCUGUAAAAAAUGUGCAGAGAAAAAAAGAAAAAGUGAAACUAGUGAGGAAGAGCACAGACGAGAGAUGGCAAGGAGGGAAUUAGAUGAUGCUACAAAAAAUGCCAAACAUGCAAAAGAGUCAGAAGAAAAAACGAAACGUAACAACCACGCAACAGACGCUGGAGAGGAAACUAAACGUCUCAAACAUGUAAAAGAUUCUGAGGAAGAAACAAAACGUGCCAUACACGAGAAAGAUGUUGAAGAGAGAAUCAAAGAAAAUGAAGCAAAGAAUAAGGUUACUCUAAAGCAGCUAGACGUCAAGAAGAGGCUAAGUGAAAUAGAGGCCAAAGCAAUUGACUUGAGGAUUGAGGAGGAGAAAACAAAACAGACCCAAGCAAAGGAGGAGAACCAAACCAAACGAGCCGAAGUCAUCGAGGCAACGAAGCAAGUUCAAGCCGAGGAAGAAACAAAGCUAAUGCAAGCCCAAGGUGAAGUAAUGGCGUUCCGAAUUCAAAUGCUGGGCCAAUUCCGAGCUGUGACAAACACUCUGGAAAAUUACCAAGAAGCAGAAAGAAAAACCAUGUUCGCUGCACUAAUGAACAUGCUAGACAUUGAUGUACCACAAGCAAAGGGAGGAUGUUGCGCUCCACCUAUACAGGAACAAUAUUAUGCAUGAAGAGACAGAAAAAGUAACAUAUAGAGAACAUUGUACAGAAUGUAGUAAGAUUUUAAACUUUUAAGGAUUGUGUUUGUGAACCAUUAUAAUCUAAUUAUAGAUAAUGUACGCGUUUUAUGGAAAGUUGACACAAUAUUUUGUUUGUAUAAUAACAAUGGUAUAUGAAUUACAGUGAAGUAUGACAAAGUUAUGACAACUUUA